UUUUUUUUUUUGAAUAGUAAAAUUAAUUCAUUAAUAAAAGUCAUACGACAUCUACAUAAGCAAUCGAAUCAAACAAAUACAUAAGUUGAAUCAAACAAAAAUUUCCUUCAUAAAAACUACGAUCGUCAAACGAAUCUUGCAAUGUGGAACAUCUCCCGCUUAUAUCGCUGGAAAAUACAGCCUUGUUGGAGAGACAAUCUAACGAUCCCUUGUAGUCGUGAGGAUGAUUUCCGUCGGAUUCAUCUAACCAUAUUCGAAAAAUUGAUAACCUUUGUGAUCCCGCAUAAUUCUUCACCAACAAAAUAAUUUCACGGCAAUCCAUUAGAUCUAGUAUCCCGGAUUGUAACCUAUAGAAAUUCCCCCUCUAAAAGAGGAGAAAAACCCUGUCUUUCGAAGGAGGUCGAAAAACCUUGUCUUUCGAAGGAGAUCGAAAAACCUUUUCUUAAGAAGGAGACCGAAAACCCUGUCUUUCGAGGGAGAAAUCGUUAUUGGAAACCUAAAAACAAAUAAAAAAAACAAAGGUGGGGCUUUCCAACGGUAAAAACCGAUGGAAGCCCCUUUAAAAAUCAACAAUGGAGGCUAGGGUUUUUGAAAGUAGAGAGGAGAGAGGGGAGAGAGAAAAAAAAGGGUGGAGUCUUCCGUCACAAGAGUAUGUAGUUUAGUUAUUACGUUUCUAAGUACGUAAAUUUUGGCUGUUAAAGUUCAAAUUAAAGCUCGAAUUACAUCAACAAAAUCCGAGAAAUUCCAGAUGAGACAACAAUGCGUAAAUUUAGCGCCAUUGAUCUCAUUGGAACUGUAUUGCUGUACUACGAUGAUGUCAAACACUUUCAAUAUGAUCUCAUUCUUGCGAUUUUUCGUCGCUUCAUCAGUUCAAAAAAUUUCGAGAAAAAAAUCGUUGUAGCGGAACUUUUUCUUCUCCGAUGUGAAAUUUAAGAGACUAAUACACUCAUUAGCUUGGCUAUAAUGACCUCUGGAUUCUGGAAGGAAAAAACAUAGAGACACAGACACUCUUCUAAAGAUAUGUAAUGAGUGGACAGGAGUAAAGAACUACUAGUCAGCAAAGUGGUGCUACAUUAGCUCAUUGCUCAAAGACCAUAAUGUGGUAGUCUUCGUCUGUUGCGUCGCUCACUUGCAUCUAUCAAUUCGGUAACUAUAUUCUCCCCUGCACAUGCUAAUGUAGACAUAUAUCAAGUGUCAAUUUAAUAAUUUUAACAUCUUAAAUUUAAAUUCCAAUUAAUAUACAGCUAUUUCAGCAAUAAAAAUUCAAAUGUGCCAAAAAGAAGGCAUUGUCUAACUCAUUUGGUAGCAUGGCUGAGUGGGAUGUGAGCAUGAUACUUUCAGGUUGCGAGUUCGGGACCAGGGGAUGGACUUAAAUAUCUUGUGAAACAUAUAGGACCAUGAUUACUUCGCUCUAAAAAGAGUCUUAACUGGAGUAUCAGAUACGAAUUAUUUUAUAUUAUUAUCUGUACAAAGAGAAAAAAAAUCCUAUAGGUAUGGUUUUCUAUGCUAUUAUAAAUUUGUACUCGUCAUUGAACUGUAAAAAUAUAUUUGAAUAUCUUCUUUUUUUUUCUAUGUUGGAGCCUGGUGUGGCAAAGUGACCAACCAAACUCAAAUAGUAAGGUGACAUGAACUGAGAAUGAGUAGGUGACCCUAAGGCCAGGUAAAUAAUCUUUAGGACAAGUAAAGUAUAUAGCUACAUUUGCGCAAUUAAUUGAUGAGAAAGUAUUGUAAAAGUAUAAAUUUAGUGAAAUCUAUCACCAAACGCAAACCAACUAUGAAAGGGUUACUAACUCAAAGGAUUGCUAGAUCUUUGUCUCACAUGAUUAGCCCAUCUUGACAUAAGUUUUAAAUACCAGUAAAUGUUUUCCAUACUUCUACAAUUUGAUAUUAAUAAUCCCUAUACGUGAUGUACAGAAAGUUUUACUGAUGUGCUCUUAUCUCUCGUAGAAGUGCUAAAAUACAAUUUUGACGUGAGAAAUAAAUUCCGUUGGAUGUGUGAAUAGGCAAAUAGGUAUUUAUUAUAAAUCUGUCAUUUCAAUUGUACGUAUGGUCAUGGAUUCAUUAUAAUUGGUGAUCAGUCAUAGUCCUUUGAUAAUUCUAUUAAACUUAAUUGACCUGCUGUCCUUCCACAAAGGUAACUAUGCUAACUUCCUUUUCUUGGUUUCCCUCUUUAACACCAACCAUAUUACUUCCUUUCGUACUGUUUUAAAUAAAACGUAGGGCCUUGGCAUGACUGCAUGAGGAUUUUGGAGAGGAGAGAGAUAGAGAGAAAGAAAAAGAGGGACCCUUGUGAUGAGGAGAGAGAUAUAGAGAAGUGAAUACCAAAUAAAGUAAUAUUUUAUUUAUUCUGAAAUGGCCUAAAAUGGUAAGUGUUUCAUUUAUUUUAGAACGGAGGAAGUAUGAUUUUUUAAUCAAAGGCUAAGACCACAAUUAAACACCUUUCUCUUCAUCUUAUUGUCUUCCACAUCAGAGAAUUCUGUGUCACCCUUCUUUUAUGGCUUUCAGAAUCAUACUCUAUUUUAUAGUAAUUUAUCUCUUGACCUUAGCACCCACAAAUUAUGCUCAAGAUUCAAAGCAGUUCAUAUAUCAUGGCUUCCAUGAUGCAAAGCUUCAUCUUGAUGGGGCUGCAACAGUCCACUCUAAUGGACUGUUGCAGCUGACCAACUAUACAAAACAGCUAACUGCUCAUGCUUUUCGUCCACUCCCUUUAAACUUCUCUUCAUCAUCAUCGUCUCUUUCAUUUUCAACCUCCUAUGUUUUUGCCAUAUAUCCUGACAUUCCUGCCAUAACUGGUCAUGGAAUUGUGUUUGUUCUUUCUCCUUCAAUGGACUUUCACCAUGGUGUUCCAGGCAAGUUUUUUGGUCUUUUUAAUUCUUCAUCAGAUUUUAAGCCUUCAGACCACAUUUUUGCUGUGGAAUUAGAUACUAUCCAGGAUUAUGAAUUCUUGGAUAUUGACAGCAAUCAUGCUGGAAUUAAUAUCAAUAGCCUGAUUUCAAAUGUAUCAGCUUCAGCAGCUUAUUUUUCUGACACUGAAAAAGUUACCAAGAACCUUAGCCUUGUAAGUGCGAAACCUAUGCAAAUAUGGAUUGAUUAUAAUCAUAACAACUUGUCAGUUAACGUAACUAUGUCUCCUCUUGGACUCCCUAAACCAAGUAGGCCUUUGUUAUUUUUACAUGUCAAUCUUUCUGAAGUUGUCUCAGACACCAUGUAUGUUGGUUUCGCUUCAUCGACUGGUUCAGUGGCUAGCAGUCACUAUCUACUUGGGUGGAGCUUCUCACAAGGUGGGAAGGAAGCUCAAAGAUUUGAUUUAUCAAAGCUUCCUCGGCUUCCUCGUUAUGGAAGUCAAAGCAGAAAAUUGAAUGUCGGUUCUAUAAUCUUGCUGGUUGUUAUAUCAGUGAUUCUGGUAACAAUUGGUCUUGUUUAUUAUGUCAUAAGAAGGAAGAAGUAUGAGGAAGUUAUGGAAGAUUGGGAGCAAGAAUACCUCUUGCAGAGAUAUUCUUAUGAGGUUCUUUACAGAGCUACAAAGGGGUUCAAAGACAAGGAGCUUUUAGGAGCUGGAGGUUUCGGGAAGGUUUAUAAAGGAAUGUUACGUUCCCCAAAACUUGAAGUUGCUGUUAAGAAAGUUUCACACGGUUCAGGCCAAGGAAUGAGAGAAUUUUUAGCAGAAGUAGCUUGUAUGGGGAGGUUAAGACACCGGAAUUUGGUACAACUGCUGGGGUAUUGCCGAAGGAAAGGAGAGUUGCUAUUAGUUUAUGAUUACAUGCCUAACGGUAGUCUUGACAAAUAUCUUUACGAAGAUGAAAAACCAAAACUUUCAUGGAACGCUAGAUUCAGAAUAAUUCGUGGUGUGGCUUGUGCACUUGUAUACCUCCAUGAAGAGUGGGAGCAAGUAGUUGUGCAUCGAGAUGUCAAGGCUAGUAAUGUUCUACUCGACACUGACAUGAAUGCAAGACUUGGUGAUUUUGGACUAGCAAGAUUAUAUGAUCAUGGUACCAAUCCUCAGACUACCCAUGUGGUUGGAACAGUUGGAUAUCUUGCCCCAGAGCUUACUAGAAAGGGAAAGGCAACUACAAGCACCGAUGUAUUUUCCUUUGGAGUGUUCGUCCUAGAAGUUGCGUGUGGGAGGAGUCCAAUAAGUCUUCAAGGUUCAAAUGGAAAAAUGUAUUUAGUUGAUUGGGUGUAUGAAUGCUGGAAUAAGGGGGUGAUUAGUGAGGCAAGUGAUCAUAAAUUAGGAGGGAAUUAUGUUGCAGAUGAAAUGGAGCUAGUUUUAAAGCUAGGCAUGUUUUGUUGCCAUCCAAGACCUGAAGGAAGACCUAACAUGAGGCAAGUGAUGCAGUUUUUGAAUGGAGAUAAUGCUUUGCCUGAGAUGCUUCCUUUUGAUGCUAAAUUUACUCAUCCAACACUCAACCAUCAAACUUUGGCGUCAUAUACCACAUCCUCUGAAGGAAACUCUGCCUGUGCUUCAUACAGUAGUGAUUCUAUAUUAAAAAUUGGUCGGUAGAUUAGUGUAUGUAAUGUAAUGCUGAGAAAUAAUUCAUUAUCUCAUUAUUUUCUUUCCUGUCCUUCUUCAUGGUUUUGUGGUGUAGAUUUUGAACUUCUGAUGACUCUCAGGACGUUUUAGGGAAAUUUUCUCAGUUUACUUAUGUUUAUAAUGUUUCAAGUUGUCCUGAUGUUCAUUUGGUAUUUGAGAGCAUUUCUUAUCAA